AUUUAGAUCAUAUUAUCAUAUUAAAACAAUGCUGUUAUGCUAUUAUGGCUUUUAAUAAUUUCUCCUAGCAGCUCAAAAAUGUGUGUGUAUGUAUUUAUAUCAAAUAAUUUUAAACAUUUAAUAAAAUUAUUUGUAAACUGUUCAUAUUUACAACAUUAAUUACAAGAAAUGUAAAAAAAACUAACGUUAAUUUUUAUUGGUUUCUUUUAGACUAUCUUUUCAAGCAAAAUGUCAACUAAAUCAAAUUCAUACAAAGCAUUAGAAUCUUGGUUAGGCACAGGACUUCUCAUUAGUAAUGGAAAUUUGUGGCACCAGAGGAGGAAGGCAAUUACACCUACCUUUCAUUUUAAGAUUCUAGAAUCUUUCGUACCAAUUUUUUACAAAUGUGGAAUAAUUCUUGUAAACUGUCUUAAGGAAAAAGUUGGUAAAGUUCCCUUUGAUAUAACACCAUACAUGUCAAACUGUGCUUUGGAUGUUGUAGCAGAAACUGCUAUGGGAACUGAAGUGAAAGCCCAAACUAAUCCACAUGAUGAGUAUCCAAAAUCUGUUUUGAGAAUGACUAAAUUAUUGGCAGAUAAAAUGUACAAUCCUUACUGGAAUCUUCUUGAACCUAUUUACACUCUACUUGGUAAAAAAAAAGAAGAAACGGAUCUUUUAAAGUUACUAUCUACUUUUCCUCUGGAGCUGUUGAAAAGAAAGGAGAAUGAGAAAAAUAAUCAUCCAUCAUCACGUGAAAAUGGAGAAAACAAAAAUAUUGCUUUCUUAGAGCUGCUGGUUAGAAUAAAAGAAACUAAAAAUCCAGCUUUUAAAAGUGAACAGGACAUUAAAGAUGAGGUUGUCACAUUCAUGUUUGAGGGUCAUGAUACUAGUUCAAUGGCUCUAGUUUACACAUUCUGGCUUCUUGGAUUACAUUCUGAAAUACAGGAAGCUUUGUUCCAAGAGGUGUCUCAGACUCUGGUGGGAAAAAUACCAUCCAUGGAAGAUUAUCAUAAGAUGGACCUCUUAAAUCGUGUAUUGAAGGAAUCUUUGAGACUUUAUUCGCCUGUCCCAUUAGUGUCUCGAAUGAUUACUGAAGAAAUUGUUUUACCAGGCAGUGGAUAUAGAUUACCAGCAGGAACACAGGUUGUGGUGUCAAUGUAUUCAUUGCACAGACGAGCAGACCUCUUUCCGGAACCAGAAAAAUUCAACCCUGACAGAUUUCUUGAACCAAUAAAACAUCCUUUUGCCUAUGUGCCAUUUGCAGCAGGUCCCAGAAAUUGUAUUGGUCAGAAAUUUGUAAUGUUGGAACUUAAGGUUAUAGUUUCUCUUGUAGUUCUGAACUUCGAGAUACACUCCAGCAAUAAAAACUUGAAGCUAACACGUGACAUUCUUCUCCGUUGCUUGAAUGGACCUAAUGUCAGCUUAACUCUUAGAAAAUAAUGUUCUUAUUUUAUGCUUUUUUUACAAUUGUAUCACAAAUAUUAAAAUGCCUGUAUAUUCUACUUAAAAAAGGGUAUAAUAAAAUAGAUGUAAUUAAAACAAAACAAAAAAACAAUGAAAACAUUAUCUCAGCUAGUUGUUAAAUCAAUUAAAAUGUGUGUGUUUACAAAUAUAUACAUAUGUCCUAAAGAGCAUUAAAAAUCUUGCUAAUCUAUCAGCUGCUCACAAUCUAGAAAGAUGUUCUCUAACCAUUGAACUAUUCUCUAAAUGUAUUGAUGUACUUUAUUAAUAUUUUUUAAAACCUA